UGUUACGUUUUACCUUAUUCUUCUUCAAAAUGCUAAGGUUUUUAAAUUUUCGCCUUGGAACUCGCUUAUAUUCAGUGAAAGCGGCUAAAAAAGAUGCAAAAAAAUAUACAGACACCAUCAACCUGCCGAAGACCAAGUUUCCCAACCGUCUGACUUCAGCGAAACGUGAGGAACAGGAACGACUGAUUUUGGAGAAGAAGAUUGCCCCUUCCUAUGAGUACCAGGAACAGCAGCUGGCGGGGAAGGGUCAACCCACCUUUGUCCUCCACGACGGACCGCCUUAUGCAAAUGGACAACUCCACAUGGGCCAUGCCGUCAACAAGAUCCUGAAGGAUAUCACCCUGCGCCAACGGGUGGCUCAUGGCCAGCAGGUCAACUACAUUCCCGGCUGGGAUUGUCAUGGCCUGCCCAUCGAACUGAAGGCCACUAGCAGCGCUCCUAAUCAAAAUGCCCUGGAAAUUCGGCAGAAAUCUCGCUCGUUCGCCUUGGAGGCCAUUAAAUCGCAGAAGGAGGAGUUCAGCAACUGGGGCAUCUUGGCCAACUGGCAGAAGGAUAACAUCUACAUGACUUUCCAGCCAGAGUUCAUCGCCAAUCAGCUGCAAAUGUUCCACAAUCUAUAUGAGAAAGGACUGGUCUAUCGUGACUUGAAGCCAGUUUACUGGUCACCUUCAUCCAGGACAGCUUUGGCCGAAGCGGAACUGGAAUAUGAUCCCAAUCACACAAGUCCCUCGGUUUAUGUGAGAUUUGCCCUCAAUGGAGAUGAGCUCUUUGAUGCGCAGGAUAAGCGAAUAUAUGCCCUCGUUUGGACUACGACUCCCUGGACAUUGCCUAGUAAUCAGGCCAUCUGCUACAACGCCUCCUUGAAGUAUGUUCUAGUCAGGCUAUCCGAUCAUCCCGCGGAUGAGCUGUAUCUCAUGGCCUCUGCUCUUUUGGCCGACUUUGAGGCAAAGACCCAGCUGAAAUGUGAAGUAGUGCAGGAUGUGGAUAGCGACUCAUUAAGCAGGCUUAGCUACAAACAUCCCAUCGACCAGGAGCAGUCGCAGCUGCCCUUCUUCGACGCCAGCCACGUGCAGGAUAGCAAGGGCACGGGAUUGGUGCACACAGCUCCUGCCCAUGGACCAGAGGAUUUCCUGGUCAGCCUGUCCAGAAAAAUACCCGUGAAAUGUUUGGUGAAUGAAGAGGGCAUUUACACAAGGGAAGCUCCUCCUUUUUUACGCGGAAAAUCCGUGCUGGAACAAGGCAAUCCUCUAGUUCUUGAGCAUAUAACAAACGAUGUAGUGAGCUCGACCACAAUGGAACAUUCCUAUCCCAUUGACUGGCGCACCAAGCAGCCUGUGAUAAUUCGCGCCAGCGAGCAGUGGUUCAUCAACACGGAGAAGCUGAAGUCGACGGCUGCCGAGGCCUUGGAGCAGGUGGAAAUCUACCCGCGAACCAAUGCGGAGGCCAGCAAGAAAGCUCUGCUUACGCAGCUCCAAAAGAGACCGUAUUGGUGCAUCUCCCGUCAGCGGGCAUGGGGAGUUCCCAUUCCUGUGCUUUAUUCUCGGGAGACUGGAAAGGUGGUACUCUCAACCGCCCUCAUCGAACACCUCUGCCAACUAUUACGCCAAGAGGGCUCCAUCGACUUCUGGUGGGCCAAGUCGUUGGAGGAGCUUGUGCCCGCCUCUAUACUCAGUGAACUUGGUUACGCAGCCAAAGAUCUCGUCAAGGGAAGCGAUAUAUUGGACAUCUGGUUCGAUUCUGGCAGCACAUGGUCCGCAGUGCUGAAAGGGGAUAAGAUAGCCGAUCUUUAUCUGGAGGGAUAUGACCAGUUCACCGGCUGGUUUCAAUCUUCCCUGCUGAUGAGCAUCGCUGCACGAGGAGUGGCUCCUUAUAAAUCGCUCUUUGUACACGGAUUUACGGUGGACGAGAAGGGCUACAAGAUGUCCAAGUCGCUGGGAAAUGUAAUUUCCCCAAAGGAGAUUACCAAAAAGUAUGGCACAGAUACCCUGCGUUGGUGGGUGGCCUCCCAUGGAACCCAACACAUGUCCAUCACGGUCAGCGACAAAUUGCUGCAGCAGGCGGCUGAGAAUCUGAGCAAGGUUCGUGGUACUUUAAGGUAUCUAAAGGGAGUGAUUGGCGAGAGGCAAGCGAACAAAGAGCUCCUAACAACUCCGGAAAAGAGCUACCUUAAUCGCUAUUUGCGGAGCCAGUUGGUGGAGUUUGAAGCCGAGGUAGAGAAGCUUUACAAAGCUUAUGAGUACAAUCGCGUGGUGGCCUGCGUGCAAAACUUCCUCGCCAAUCAAGUGUCCGCCAUCUACGUGCAUCUCAUCAAGGAUCGCCUCUAUUGCGGCGACGAUCAGGAGCUGCUCGCCAUUCGCCAGACUCUCACUCAUUGCUACCGGCAGCUCUGCAAAAGCCUAUGGCCCAUUGUUCCCUUUCUGGUGGAGGAAAGCUGGAGCUACUACGAUGCCAACGGCAGAGCAUUCCAUGAGCAGAGUGUUCAAAGUAAAGCUGAAUGGAGUGACGCAAAAGCCACUGCGGUGGUAAAUGCAGCGCUCGAUGUAAAGCGACUCAUUAACCAGCAGGCUGGCGAGGUAAACACCUGGCAUUUGGAUGUGAUUAUCAAGGGAAGUAAGCUGGAUCUGCUGCAGAAAAUUCACAGCACUUCGGGAGAAACUGUAAGAAAUUCUGAACUAUGUGAGAUUCUGCAAGUGGGUUCUGUUACUCUGCUACCCUCCGAUAAUCACGACUUGGAGUUAAGCCUAACUACUCUCCCGACAUCGCUGUGUCCACGUUGUCGUCGUUACAGUCUAGAGGAGAAUGCAGAGCAGGAGACCUGUCAACGUUGCUCUGCGGUAUUGAAUGUAAAGAUCUAAGAUCAAAGCGUUG